AUGAAGUUGGCGUUAUCUGUUUCUGACACAAAAAAGAUAAAUAUGCAAACGAGAAUUAUAAAGAUGAUUCCAGACGGGAAUCAUCUUUUUCGCGCGCUGGCGUAUUGUGUACACGGCACUCAAGAUCGACAUGCAGAGGUAAGACUGAGUAUCGUUUCAAAUACAGUUGAUAAUUGGUCUACAUUUGCAGGUUUCAUUACAGGUAAUGAUUCAAACGGUGCCGUGAUUCGGUCACCUGGUGAUUCCAAAUCACACAUGAAUAAAAAUGCAAUUUACGGGGGAGAAGCAGAAUUAGCUGCAGCUGCGGAAAUUUCAAAGAUAUGUUUAAUCGUGUAUCGCGGAGAACAAAUUUAUCCACACCAAAUCGGAUCCCAAGAUGAAAGACAAUUUUCGCUACUCUUCACCGGCGAUGGAGACAGUGGACACUUUGAUGUCUUGCAGAACGAAAAUAAAAUUCAGAUAUCAAAACGACAGCCAGGAUUUACGUUGGCAAUGAAGAAAGGAGGAGUUUCAAUCAGCAGACAAGGCGGUGGAGAUAGUGGAUGGUCGGACGUAUCACAAAAGAAAAAGGAAAAUAAAAUUGCAAGAGGACGACCAGGAUCUAUGUUGACCACAAGAGAAAGACGUGUGUCGCGGAGUGAACAGCAACGCAAAUAUAGAGAAAAAAAUAGUAUAAAGAAGGUGAUUUUGGAGAAUAACAGGCAGAGCGGUAGCAAAAAUAAUUCAGCAAUGGUGAGUGGUAGCCAAAAUAAUUCAGCGAAGGGUGCAGAAGAAUUAGAAGAAUCGAUUGUGAUUACUGAUUUGGAAAAUAAAUCAAGAGAACGACCAACCAAUCAUACUAGCAAACAUGUCAGCAUAAGUAAUAAAACAGAACUCGAGGAGAGUGAAGAAAAAUGA